AUGGAGGAAGACUUACGUCCUAUUUCCCUCACCUCCCAAGUUGCCAAGGUUAUGAAAGGCUUUACUCUUGAGUCACUAAUGUCCGAAGUCGCUGGAAAACUUGAUAAAAAGCAACUUGCACUACCUGGAAUAUCAAAAACUCAGGCAUUAGUCUACCCCUGCACCUGA